UGUGGGCCGCGGCCGGUGAGCCGCAGCUGCCAUCUUGGCGAGCGGCGCGGCGGGGCCUGUGCGGGGCGGCAGGCGCCAUGGGCCGCUCUCGGAGCCGCAGCUCGUCGCGCUCCAAGCACGCCAAGAGCUCCAAGCACAACAAGAAGCGCAGCCGCUCGCGCUCGCGCUCGCGCGACAAGGAGCGGCCGCGGAAGCGCUCCAAGUCGCGGGACGGCAAGCGCGGCCGGCGGCGGGAGUCGCGCUCGCGCUCGCGCUCCACCACGGCGGCGGCGGCGCGCAGGGAGCGCGAGCGCGAGCGGGAGCGCGCGUCGCCGCCCGACCGCAUCGACAUCUUCGGGCGCACGGUGAGCAAGCGCAGCAGCCUGGACGAGAAGCAGAAGCGCGAGGAGGAGGAGAAGAAGGCCGAGUUCGAGCGGCAGCGCAAGAUUCGGCAGCAGGAAAUAGAAGAAAAGCUCAUCGAGGAAGAAACAGCACGAAGAGUGGAAGAGUUGGUGGCCAAGAGGGUGGAGGAAGAGCUGGAGAAGAGGAAGGAUGAGAUCGAGCGCGAAGUGCUCCGGAGAGUGGAGGAGGCGAAGCGCAUCAUGGAGAAGCAGUUGCUCGAAGAGCUCGAGCGACAGAGACAAGCUGAGCUUGCAGCCCAGAAGGCCAGAGAGGAGGAAGAGCGGGCAAAGCGUGAGGAGCUGGAGCGAAUACUGGAAGAGAAUAACCGAAAAAUCGCAGAAGCACAAGCCAAACUGGCCGAAGAACAGUUGAGAAUUGUUGAAGAACAAAGAAAGAUUCAUGAGGAAAGGAUGAAACUAGAGCAAGAGCGACAGCGUCAGCAAAAGGAAGAACAAAAAAUGAUCCUGGGCAAGGGGAAGUCCAGGCCCAAACUGUCCUUCUCGCUAAAGACCCAGGACUGACCGCAGACUCGGAACUUUCACAAAGAGAAAUGGAAAAACUUUGUAUGGUAGCUUCAUGUUGAAGUGGUUUUUUUUUUCGUUUGUUUGUUUUUGUUUUUUUAAUUUGGAGAAUCUGGAAAGUUAGCUUGUUCUACUAGGGGCUGUGCUCUGCAACCCGCUCCCGCCCCGCCCCCCUAACCUGGACAGGUCAAAGCCUUAUCAGAUCAUUGCCGCCUGCUCGGAGGGACAGAGUUCUCUCCUGGGCGUCUCUGACCUCCGCCGGGCGGUCUCCGGGGCAGCAGACCACUGUGGGGGCCGGGGAUGGUCUGAUAAGGUUUUCACUGCCCCUUGACUUCAGAGUCAUACUCUGUUCGCCACGUCACGAUGCUGGUUUUGCUGACUUUUUGUUUUUUUAUAUAUUUUAUAAAAAAAGAAAAAGUUGGUCAUUGCAUUUCUGGGCCUGCGUGGGGUGUUGUUAAGCCGUGUCCUCUGAUACUGUUGCUCUUGAUGUCCCCGAUGAUACAGGUAAGGAAAACGUGGGUCAGAUCGGAUACAAAUAUAAACAGUUCAGUAUUGUCUCUGUUCAGUUUGUUUUUAUUUCAUUGACAAAAUCAAACCAGCAUUCCCCACUGUGUAAAUAAAUGAUUUUGCUGAAUAAAGUAAAGUCUUAAAUUCA